CUCCACAUCCUUGUCCCACAAAACAACUAAAACCAAACUCAACAUUCUAUAUGGCUUCAAGAAAACCAAAGGCCAAACCGGUUAGUCGUCAAUCCGUGAGGCACCAGAGUCACAGCCACCCAUUGCGUGUCUUUAAAGCCAAAGAAGACGAUGAGACAGUUUGCUCUGGAUGCGAGCUCGAGCUUACCGGGCAAGCUUUCAAGUGCACAAAGUCCGAUUGCGAUUACUUAUUGCACAAGUCAUGUUUCGACCUUCCCGGUGAAACACAUCACAAGUCUCACAAGGACCACCCUUUGACCUUGCUUUAUUCCCCACCAGAUGACGAAUCCGUCUACACUUGCAACGCAUGUGACCAGUACGGAUCUGGAUUCACUUACCAUUGCUCUAACUGCAAGUACAAUCUCCAUGUGGGAUGUGCGUCUCUCCCUGAAACCAUAUUGCGCGAAGAUCAUGAGCAUCCACUCACUCUUCUUUAUUGCACAUCGUGUAAAGGUCGUGAAGACACGACCUUCAUUUGCAGCGCUUGCGAUGAGACCGUUUUGGAAGAUCUGUGGGUGUAUUACUGCAGGGAAUGUGACUAUGGAACACAUGUAUAUUCAUGUGCGGCAUACGAAGAUCAAGAAUCAAAUGAGGAGGAGGAAGAAGAAGAAGAAGAAGGAGAAGCUAGUACUUCUCCAGCUUCUAGGAUAAAGUCGUUGAUGAAGGCUCAGGACGAGAUGGCAGCUAUGCAGCUAGAGGCACGUAUUAUGAAUGAUGCGAAUGAGGCUGCGCUUGAUCUUUGGGAUCAACCAAAGCGGAGAUACUAUUGGUGAUCAACAAGGAAUUGAAGGAUAAUAUAUGUAAUUUUAUAAAUAAUAUAUAUGAAAGUGUGUGAUUGUUUCUUUCUUUGAUAAAGUUUAUUUUCAGAAUAAAAACCAAUAGAUAGAAGACAUAGAAACUCUCUUUCUUGUUUGGUUCUUGUUUAUUUGUGGGUGUGUUUUUUUUUUUGUAAAGUUGUGUGUAUGUUGUUUAAGUCGCAAUAUAAUUUUCCUUUCUUUUUUUUUUUGGGAAAACUGUUUUUUAGAGCAAAAAAAUGGUAACUAUUUCCUUUUAGACUAAUCUAUAUUUUGUGUCAUAUUUUCCUAUAACACCCUUUAAUAUUUUUGAAAAUAAAUUUAAUAAAUAGUUUUACAAACAAAAAAAAUUUGGAAAAAUAGUAACUUUUGAUAAAAUACCUAUAUGAACUUAGUGAUAUUUUUUCCAGUUAUAAAAAAGUUAAAAUUAUAAAUUUCAUAUUAUGUUCUAAAUAAAGUAGAAAUGACAUUCUACGAAGUAGAAAACGAAAUCCACUUUUUUCAUUGAAUCUACAAUGUUUAGAAUACGUGAUCUACGUAAAUAGGAGUAUUCUAAAAAUAUUUAGUAUACACAUUCUGCGCUUAACCUAUCGUUCUAAAAUCUUUAGAAAUCAAAAUCUACACAUUAAUAUAAAUCUAAAACACGUAGAAACCGACUUCUACAGAUUUACUAUAAAUCUAAAACAUGUAGAAAUCAAAAUCUAAACAUUACUA